UCUCAAAAAUAAAUAUAUAUGCCGUCCAAAUCUCAAACCCUACACAGUAGUUCUCUCUCUUCUCUUUUACUCUCACUCUUAUCACUGUUCGACUGCACAUAGCCGCCCAUCAACGGUGGCUCCGACGACAACUCCAUCUGGCGAAGCACCACCGUCGUCUCGCCGGAGAGCUUUCACACCUCCGACGAGCUCAGAUCAACGCCAACCACCGUCUUUCCUCUCACCACCACCGUCCUUCUAGAUCUGGUUAGAUCGAGUUUGUCUUGGUUUGGAUCGUAAAAAUCAGAGCACACGAGAUCUACGCCGUCUCCGUCGAGAUCUACACCGUCAGCUACAUCAAGGUCUCUCUCUCUCUCUCGCUCUCUCUCUCUCUCUCUCCCACACCUCACCAUAUUCCGAUUUCGCAGCUUGUUCUCUAAGAGGCGACGGAGUUCUUCUCCGGCCCCGCGACGACGCAAGGCUGACGACGGAGUUCCCAAACAAGCUCAUAAUAUUCUCCAACUCUAUGCUGGUCACACACAUAUUGCUAUUGGAGUUGUUCUUCGCUAUUGGUUAGGGUUAGGGUUUACAGUUAAUGGAGGCAACAAGGGAGGUCGAGGAUUUGUUAGAUAAGAUUCGACCACCGCGCUUGGAGGACGCCGGCCUCGAAGACUCUGCGCUUCCGCCUGAAUCCAUCCACGAAGCCUUCCUCAAAGCCGCCUCUGCAGUGGGCUCACGCGCCGCUUCAAUUUCAUCCACAGACGACGAUCUGCGGCCAAAUGAUGGCGAAUCAUCUGAUACGGUGGUGGAGAUCAAGGAAUGUGUAGCUGAGAAGGGCGGCGGCGAUGUGGAGGGGAGGGCGGAAGUGGCGGAGAUGAGAGAGGAGGAGGGCUGUGUUGAAGGAUUGAAGAUUGGAGAAGACAAAGGUUUUUUUUCUAUAGUUUUUGCUGUUGUUGAUGCUGAGAAUAAAGACAAUUGGUGUUGGUUCCUUGAACAUUUAUGUAGAGUAUUGGGAUCAGAAAGGGUGAUAAGUUACAUAUCAGAUCGACAUUGCGGUAUUGUUGAAGGAAUUGCUAGGUUUUUUCCUAACUGAUUUCAUGGAUUUUGUCUUAAACAUCUAAAGAGAAAUUUGAGGGAUAAGUUGUCAUGUGGAAACACAAAUUUGGUUAGGAAGACGAUUGUGUCCAAGU